AUGGGGAGUAAAAAUAAAGGCAGGAAAGUCGAUGUCUCCCAAAAUGUGGCCUGGACGUUGCAACGAGGAAGUUGGAUAAUCCAUGUGCUGGUUAUACUUCUCCUCAAGAUGACGCUUUCGGUGGUUUUCAACGACAGCAUAGGAUGGCAGCUCUCACUAAUUAUCUACAACAUCUCCACCUUUGUUUUCUUCCACAUGAUCCCCGGGGAUCCCUUCAACGACAGAUACAGCCUCUAUACAUUUUGGGAACAGAUUUCCGAGCAACUGGAGGGCACACCCGAUCUCAUCUUCAUAGCUCUGUUCCCUCUGAUAGCAUUUACAGCUGUCAACUUCAUUAUAAGGUGGAACAUCUUCUUGUUCUGGAUUUGUGUUGCAAGUCUGUUCAUUGUGACUAUUCCAAAGUUUGGAUUCAUGCAUCUCAGGAGAAUCUUGAUAUUCAAAGAGUAG